AUGCAGCAGUCGUCUAAGAAACGUCGCGAUCUUCGCCACAUCCGCGUCGCUAUUCCCUACUCUCUCCAGCAUGGCAAAAGUUCUAAAAUCACGCCAACAACAUUGUCCACUGCAACCCCACAGCACCCAAAGCCCACCCUUCUUAACAUUCCUCGAGAACUACGCGAUAAGAUUCUAGACAAUCUUCUCAUCAGUCCUAUACUCGGAACCGGAGCUUCACUGUGCACUAAACUUAACGGUACCGACAUACCUAUUCCAGAACAGACACCUCAACACUUCCUUCCCACGUCUAUUCUCUACGCGUGUAAGCAGCUAUAUGAAGAAGAUUCCAAGAAUGCACGUCCCAAGCUUGGUGAACAUUGGUCUCCAGAUCAUGUAAGCCGCCAUGAUAACCUUGACGUGUACGCCAUCAGUGACACCCUAGUCGUCAGUCCCCUGACUCGACUACUAGAGGACAGUUACUUCACGCAUGCCACAUGCAUGGGAACAGACUCUCGAGUACUUGAACUGACUUUUCGAAAAUCUCGUUCUCAACAAAUCAGCCGCAUCAAGAAAUGGAAGGUACUUGUCCGCUGCGCUUCCAACACCUAUGGCAUGCACGCACUAAUACAAUUCUGUCGAGCGGUGUGCGAGAUUCUAGGGCUUGAGAUUACUUUUCUGCUCGUUGGGACGGAAAACAAAAAUGAACGAAUCGAUUUCAAUAGGGCGCUGAGUACAUGGGAUCCAUUGAAUAUACUUCGAAAGGUCGCUAAAGUUGACUUUCGGGAGGCAACAGGGGACGAAAUACCAGAGUACAUGUUUUAUCAUGGGUCGUGGGACGAUUACCACUGCGAAGGUUUUCUCUCGUCAAUAAACUCUCUUGAAGGACAUGUGGCUUUAAUGAAAGGGUCUUCGCCAUUGAAUUUCACGGAUUCCAUUCAUCUACAGUAUGACAGAUUUUUGGAAUAUGCCCAGGCAUUCGAAUGUAAUCCGGGCUUUAGAGCUGAUCUCGAUUUGCCCCUGGAUAAUAACGCAAAGCUUCCACGUUGGGGGUGUCCAAACAACGUAUUCCGGGCAAAGAGUCCUCACUUGAUCGAGCAAAACAUCAAUUUUGCCCGCAAAAUUGCCAUGAUCCCAUAUAGCGACAUACGUCUUUUCAGAUGGUUCCGCGAUCAGGUACUUCUCGAGAUAGAGAAGCAAUAUGAAGCAAUCAACCGACAUGCUUUCAAUCUCAACGAAUUCAUCAAAUCCGAAAAGAGAUAUGAAGGCUUCUUUGGUCUAGCAGGGUGGGAAGUCAAGAUUGCUCUGACUAGGCCUUACUACGGGACAGGUGAUAUUAGUAAAGAUCCGAGGUUGAGUACUAUCGAGCAAUACAUCGAAGCACACCGAGAAUCUUUGAGAGAUGAUUGGUGGGACCGAAGUACAAAGGCAGUUUUACUCUUAGAAGAAUAUGCAGAUUCUUUCGGAAGAGAACUUUCUUUCCAAUGGCGCAUCGAAUUUCGCAAGUAUGACAUCGCUUCAUUGAACAAUCAUUUGCAGAGAGCAGGAUUGCUUAAAAAUCUCAAGGAGGCCUAUAAUUCUUGGGCGUACAACGACUUUAUCCAAUGGUUCAAGGAAGCCGUGGAUGAUAUGGAUGGUUAA